AUGGUGAAAUCGAGUAAAGAUACGAGAUACGCUAAAUAUUCAAUGGUGACGCAUGAUGGAAUUGGAUUCCCUUGCUGGGCUCUUCCGGAUCUUAUGUUGUUUCCAGACAUAUUCGGACAAGAUGGUUAUGCCAAGCUUGAUGUAAUUGGCAUUGUGGAAACUCAGUUCUUUGGAGAUCUUUAUGAGUUUUGCUGCAAAGUCGCUGAUGAUGAUGGCAAAACUAUUGUUGCAGGUCGUGAUGGUGACUAUUUAAGAAGGAUCUUUGGAGCUGUUCUUCACAAUAUACCUUUAGCUGAUUCUGUAAUGAAGCUAACUGCAAGGUUUGAGACUUGUGACACCAGAACCGAGCUGGUCGGUGGAGCUGAUGAAGUUUCGGAGCUUAUAAGGGCAUCAAUGGAGCCUGUUCUCGAGCAAUAUACACCUGCCGUUGACAUUUUCUAA